ACUCCAGCAAAUAAAAAAGAUAAGAGGCAAAAAGGGGAGAGAAAGAGAGAUGGCGGACGCAGCAACAGAGUUCCUGCUGAACAACCUGAAGGAGCUGGUGCAGCACGAAGCCCAUUUGAUCAACGACACGGAGGGAAACAUCAAGAAGUUGGAAAGCGAUCUACUCCACUUCCAAGCCUUCCUCAAGGACACGGUGAAGAUGAGGAAAAGCAACGAGCGAAUAAAGCUGAUGCGGAAGGAGAUUCACGAUGCUGUUUAUGACGUCGAAGACAUCAUUGAUGCAUUCAUGGUAAAGAACAGAGAAGCAGGGACGAGUAGUCGGUUUAUCAAAAAAAUCCUGACUGGCCACAAAAAGCUGCUCAAUCUCCACAGCAUUGGGCAGACGGUGGAGGGCAUCAGCGGCCGAGUCACACAGUUGAGGAAUGACAUCAACCUCAUCACCGACGACGACAAAAAGGAUACACCUUCUGAGCCUCGACCACCAAGAAAGGACAAGAAUGUGGUGGGCUUUGCAGACGUGACCGAACGCCUCAUACGCCGUUUGACUCAAGAUGCCGACGGUCUUGAUGUCAUUUCUCUGACUGGUAUGUUUGGGCUGGGCAAGACGACGUUGGCAUGGAAGAUUUAUAAUGAUCCUGAAAUCAUCUUAAAGUUCCCUACCCGCGUAUGGAUUACUGUUUCAGCAAAGUUCACAAAGAAAGAUAUUUUUUUACGGAUACUCGGCCAACUUACCACUCUAAACCCCGACAUGCGCGCCAAAGAUGACGAGGAAUUAGCUGAUAUUGUUUACAAUUAUCUCCGGGAGGGCACUUUCCUAAUAGUGAUGGAUGAUGUAUGGAGCAUACUUGCUUGGGAACAACUUAAAAAGGCUCUCCCGUUACAAGACAACAAAAGUAAAGUCUUGCUCACCAGUCGUGAAGAGAGUGUGGGAAGCGCUGCUAGUAAGCCAAGACCCUUCGAGCCAUUGCGGCCCUUUGAGCCAGAAGAAAGCUGGGAGCUGUUCCGGUUGGAGGCACUGGGCAAGCUCGAAUGCCCUUCUCAACUGGUAAAAGUCGGGAAUAAAAUUGCAUAUGAUUGUGAUGGACUGCCACUUGCGAUAGUAGUCAUAGGAGGCAUCCUCUACGAGUUAUCAGACCCAAAAAAUGUGUUUGCAACUAAAAGGGAAUGGAUUAAAGUGUCGGAAGAUGUGAACUCAUAUCUCAAAGACGACCCGCAAGAACGCAUGACAAAAUUCAUAUCUUUGAGUUAUGAGAGCCUACCUCACUAUUUGCGACCUUGCUUUCUCUAUCUGGGACUGUUCCCAGAAGACUAUGAGAUUUCAGCUUCGAAAUUGAUCCGCAUGUGGAUUGGAGAAGGGUUCAUACAGCAGAAGGAUGCCCGUACUUCAUUGGAGGAGGUUGGACAGAAUUAUUUGAAGGAUCUCGUCAGUAGAAACUUGGUCAAAGCUCUCAAGUUUAGAGCUGAUGGUAAUAUCAAAACAUGCCAGAUUCAUGAUACCUUGCGUGAUUUCUGCCGCAGUGAAGCUGCAACUGAAAACUUUCUCCAAGAGAUCAGGCUCAAUGAACAAGGACAUUGUGUACCUCCAAUCUCUGAGUGGUGCCGCCGUCUUUCUAUUCAUUCCGAUUGCAAGAGCUAUAUCUCAUCAAAAUGUCUUACUCCUCGUGCCCGCUCAUUUGUUUGUUUUUCCAAGGAGCCCUGUGAUGACCUGUCUGGGAAAGAAAGCACAAACCUCAUUAAAGCCUUUAAGUUUCUUAGAGUUUUCGAUAUUCAACCCUUGAUAUUGAAGGAUAUCGAUACUGACCUCUACACUUUGAUCCAUAUGAGGUACAUUGCCUUGUUCAUCACUUUGUCGAUGCUUUCUCCAGAUUUCAACAAGAUUUCCAACAUGCAAACUCUUAUCAUCAACACCACAUCCCCUACCCUCGCUGUUAAAGCCAACAUAUGGAAGAUGAGGUACUUGAGGUAUUUUAAGACAAAUGCCUCUGCAACUUUGCCCGCGGCCAAGUCAUCAUCUGAUUGUGCAAAUGAGCUUCAAACACUGGGCUUAAUCUCCGUGGAGAGUUGCAAGGAACUUCAUCUGCGGGCUCCCAAUCUGAAGAAAUUGGGCAUCCGUGGGAAACUAGCAUUGCUUUCCGACGAAAAGGGACCUUUUGAUAGUGUGAGGAAGAUGAGAUAUCUGGGAAAGCUGAAACUAGUAAACGACAAGGCACAAGACACGGAGCGACUGAAUUGCCUGCCAAAAGUUGAUCAAUUCCCAUCUGGACUUACAAGCCUCACACUGUGCUGGACUUCCCUCAAAUGGCAAGAAAUCUCUAUUCUCAGAUCGCUCCAGAAGCUUGAGGUGCUCAAGCUAAAAUAUCAAGCAUUUAUCGGGAGCACCUGGGAGUUAGAAGAUGCGGGUGGAGGUUUUCCGUCUCUUCAAUUCCUGCAGAUUGAACAGACAGAUUUAGCUUUCUGGCAGGCUAAACCCCAUCACUACCCCAAGCUUAGAAGCCUUGUGCUCAAGAACUGUGACAAGCUUCGUGACAUUCCACUUGAUCUGGCUAAAGUAAAGAGCUUCAAGAUGUUGGAUUUGACCACAUGCACAGAUGCAGUUGACGCGGCCAGGGAUAUUGCUGCUGAAAAUGAAAAUAUAUUUGGCAAAGACUCUGAAUUCAAGCUCUCUAUCUUUCCUCCUCCUCCUCCUGCUCCUGCUAAAUGAUCGAGAUUCGUUUAUCAUUGGCAGCAUAGGUCACACAUUUCAAGCUUCUAAUCAGAGGGUCGCUAGAAUAACUGCUGCACUUGGCUUGUUCUUAUGUUGAACUGUUUCCCUUCUUCGAAUAGUCGAGCGUGUUUGCUCGGAUUUGAAUAAAUGCCGCACUUGAUUCGGCUUGUACGCUGAACUUGCAAAACAUUGCCUUGCUGUGUUGUUACUUGUAUUAGAUCUGAUUUCGCUCUUUAUGGCGGAUCAGAUCAUUUAUUUUUGCCAUCUUAAUAUGUAUGUGUUCAUUAUGCACAUGUUUUGAACAUUGGUGAUCAUUUUUCCCUCAUGUGAUUGUUUUGUUCAUCAUAUCUUCAUAUGGAAUAUGAUUGUUUCUGUUUUCUUAA